UUUGUGAAUAUUUGUGAUUGUGAUAUUGUGUAUUCAUAAAUUACAUGAUAAAUUAAAUAUUCACAUGUGUUAAUUUUUGUUAAUAUUAUUAACACUAAUAUAUUAAUUUUGUUAUUGACCCUUUAUACGCUAUAUUUGAAUCAAUUGUUGCACCAUGGAAGACUGUGUUGGCUUUAAAGUUCUCCCAGUGAAAGUCAAUGAAAAUUCCAAAGUUAUUCGUAAUUUAUUUUUAAAAAUGCAUUUAACCAGGGACAAAUGUGCUCAAAAACCAGAAUAUCAGACAUUGUUUGUGGUCGGUGUUCCUGAAUUCUGCAAUCAAAAAAUUAUGAAACAUGCAUUUCGCCGCUGUGGUAAAGUAAAAUCUGUAUUUUUUCACAAUGAACCCACUCCAAUUGAGCCAGAAGUAUUACCAUCAAAAUAUUUCAUUCCAAAAUCGAUUAAAGGUUUUAAAGUGGCUUAUGUUGUGUUUGCACAUACAUCUGGCUUAGAAAAUGCAUUAUCACUGAAAUGUACUGAAAGUGAACCUUUUAUAUUGUCCACGCAAUCUGCUCCUAUCACAAAUAUAGUUAACCGAUGGUGUGAAAAUUACAAUGACAAUAUUGUUGACGUAAGAGAAUUACAAUCUGAGAUUGAUACAUAUAUGUCUGAAUAUGAUAAAACAUCAGCAGCACGAAUACAGAUUGAAAAGGAAACAGUUGACAAUGAAGACGAAGAUGGGUGGAAAACUGUUUCUAAAAAAGGGCGAAAUCCUGGAUUUGCACGCAAAGAAGCUAUUAAAAAUAACAUAAUGAAAAAUGAGGCUAAGAAAAAGAUAAAGAAAACACUGAAAAACUUUUAUCGAUUUCAAAUUAAAGAAACUAAAAUAAAUCAAUUGAUGGAGUUACGCAACAAGUUUGAUAAUGACAAAUCAAAAAUUGAAUUACUGAAGCAAAGCAGAAAAUUUAAACCUUUUUAAAAUAGAUGUAUGUUGAAUAAAUUAUAUCCUGUUUGUUGGACGAAAAAUUUUAUUUUUUAUUAAAAUUUUAUUACACAAUUAUAAAUUGUUUAAAAAGGUA